AUGAUAAUAGAAUAUUAUCCUCAUUUAUUACAACCAAUAUUAAAAGAAUAUUCAAUAAAAGAUCCAAAACUUUAUGAUAAUAUUUAUGAUGAAAAAUAUUUAAUUCGUCCAUUAAAAAUCUCUGAUUAUGAUCAUGGUUAUAUUGAAUUACUUAGUCAAUUAACUGAAUUUGGUACAAUUACAUAUGAUGGAUAUAAACAACGUUUUAAUCAAUUAAAACAAUAUUUAAAUACAUAUUAUAUACUUGUUGUUGAAGAUAUUAAUUGUAUACGUGGUAGAAUUGAAGAUGUUGUUAUAGAUAAUCGAUAUCGUGGACAACAACUUAGAAAAUUACUUAUUAAUUUAUUAACAAAAUUUGCACAAGAUAAAUGUGAUUGCUAUAAAAUAUCAUUAGAAUGUAAAGAUCAUUUAGUUAGUUUUUAUCAACAAUUUGGUUAUAAACAUGAAGAUAAACAAAAUUUUGUUAUGAAUGAUAAUGAUGAUAAAAAGCAAAAAAUGUAUGUUCUACCAAUGUUUCCUUAUCCAUCUGGUCGUUUAUAUAUGGCUCAUGUUCGUGUAUAUACUUUAAGUGAUACAUUAGCACGAUAUUAUCGAAUGAGAGGUUAUAAAGAAUUAUCAACAUGUGAUUCAAAUUAUUAUAAAUGGACACAAUAUAUUUUUUUAAAACUUUAUCGUGAAGGAUUAGCAGCUGUUAAUUGGAAUCCAAUUGAUCAAACAGUUUUAGCUGAUGAACAAAUUGAUGAAGCUGGUCGUUCAUGGAGAUCAGGUGCAAUUGUUGAAAACAAAAUUCUUAAAACAAUCUUUUAUUCGUACUCGUGCAUUUACAUAGGUAAAUAA